UAUAAGCCGGUAAUCAUCUGACCCAUAGUUUUACUUUUUUUUCACAGGAUUCAGAAGACUUAAGUUUGAUUUACACAAACCCAAGCCAGACAAGUUCAACACUAAAAAACUCUAAACGAAGAAAAUGGGCUAUUGUUUAUUUUUUAUUUGAUUUAUUAAUCAAAAAAUUAAUUUUUUAUUCAUUAAUUGACCAUUUAAAUAAGUUAUUGAAGAUAAUUGAAAUAUACAAUGGAUAUACCGGGACCUUCGGGAAUAUCAGGAAGGUUUGACGUAAGAUCGAAUGUAAUUACAGUAAACACAAACGAUGUUCGUGAAGACGAUGAUAGUGAACAGUGGUGGACAAGUGACAGUGGAUCUAGUAGUGGUUCUUAUUAUUCUGACAGUGAUAGUAGCUGCAGUUCAUUUGCAGAAUGGGAAGCGGAAAUUGGUCCUGGGGGAGAAGUAUUUUAUAUAGAAUCUUUUCCGGAAACUCCAGGGAGUAAUACAAAAUCAAAUAAUAAUAGCAAGGAGUCAGAGUCCCCACCUCCAGAAUUGAUAAGACGUCGCAGCACUAGGGCGCAAAAAUUGAUGAGAUUAAUAAGAAGAAGAGAGAGCAAAAGAUAUAGUACUAAGGGAAAAAAAUCAAAGGGUGCUGAUUCUAAACAAGUUGAUGGAAAUACUCAAAAAGAAGGAAGUGGAAAAGAAGUUAAAUUUCAAGAUUAUCAGGCAGGUGAAAUAAAGGAAGUUAUGCUAUGGGUAAAUCCAGAAAGACGACACAAUUUAGGCCGCCGAGCAACAAUGUGUGAAGUUUAUUUAGGAAUCACUCCAGGGAAUUUCUCAGACAAAGUCAGAGUAAUGGUUGCAGGAUUUAUUCCUGACAGUGAAGCAAUGAUGAACAAAAACAUCAAGAUUGGUGAUUGGUUAAGAAGCAUAAAUUCUCAAGAUGUUACAUCUGAGAAUCUUGAUUACAUUCUUUCAGAAAUAACCAGUCCAAUGAUUGUCAAACUUCAACUCCAAAGAAUAGCUGGAAUCGAAGUCACUACAGAUGCACCACUGUCAAAUGUUCCAAAGCAGUCACCACUUGUUCGUCGAUUGGUGGACAAGGAAAGAAGCCAAAAAUUUAUGGAAUCGUUACUCGAUUAUUCUUUUGGAGUAAUAUAUCUCCAAACAUCAGGUUUGUCUGAAGCAGGUCCCGAACUCCAAGGAGUUUUAUAUACAUAUCCGAGAUCUGAAAAUAAAAAUCUCCACUCAAUUUUAUGUAAUGCAAGAGGAGCUUUUAUAACUUUAAAUCAUUUACUGCCAGAAACAGUUAAUGCAUAUCCAAUAAGCACUACCAUUUCUGUGGGAAGCGAAAAAAUCCACAUCUCCUAUGCUCCUAGAAAUGAUGAAUUAUUUCUUUUAGCCAUUCCAGAACGAUGGUUUAGUUGUGAGGAAUCAAUAGAAUUAUUAAAAAAUAUUAUUCGAUCAUUAGAAUUUACAUAUCAAUCAUUAAAUAAAUGCUUUUCUAAUGAAGAUCAUCAUCAUGAUUUAGAUCAUUUAUUUUACUUAACGUUUAUUAAUUUAUUACAACUUAAUCCUGAUGAUGAAUCAUCCGAAGAAGAGCUAUCUUUAAAAAAUGUGAUAGAUCGAAGAGAGAAGUGCGAAUUUGAAACAAUAAUUGGAGCAGCUCAUCAAGUAACUCUGCCAAGAGAUGCUCUAAUACAAAUUGAUACAGCUUUAAAUGAUUUAGAAGCUUUGGAUGAAGAUUGGAACGAUGAUUCAAUGGAUUGUGAAAGAUUUUUUACAUUUCUUGGUGCUUGUAUUUAUCAUAAAAGCUAUCUACUUGCUUCUCAUUUACCACAUGGUGACUUAAUGGAUGUUCAUGCAUUUCUUCAGGUCAAUGGACUUUUAAAUCUAAUUGAGAAUGAACCUGUUAAAACAAUGGUUAUUUGGAAAGAAGUAUUUCCCCAUUCAUCAAAUCGUGGUAUGGAGAAUUCAGCAUUAUAUGAUGAAACAAACACCAAAUGGUUUAUUCUAGUCGUUGGAUAUGAAACGGAAUUACUUGUGGCAAUUUUAGAGAGUGAAGGUUGUACUGAAGUUAAUGAAGAUGAUGAAGGACCAGAUAUUUUUUAUGUAGAAGAAGCUCAAGAAACUUUGAAACAUAUUCAAAGAGUUGGAAUCCCUACUUUAGCUUCAAAAUGGGUUCUAUCUAAUGCUAAACCCGAAACGAUAGAUAUUAAAGAUAGAAUCAGUGUUAAAACAACCAUUGCAGAAAAUUUAUUAGGUUUUAUUAAAUCUUCUGAUAAUCAAAAUUCGACACCGAAGAAUACAGUAAAAGAAAGUGGAAAUAAAAAGGUUCCUGAAGUGACAUCGAUACUGAAAAAAAGAAGUCCUGAACAAAGUCCAAUAAUGAUAAAUUCAGUUUAUUCAUUUCAAUCUUCUGAAGACACAAUGAGUCAGAGCACUGGAAUAAACAGCGAAAUGAGUGAUGAAGCAGCUCCAAUUUUAGGUAGACGUGCUUUAAGAGAAAAAGCAUUGGCUGUAACAAAAUAUUCAGAUGAGAGUGAUGAGUCUGAAGAUGACAUGUAUCGAGAUGAAAGCCAAUCUAGUAUAGCUGAUAUUUCUGACAUACGUGAAAACUUAUUAACUCAAGCUGAAUAUAUAAUUCCUAUGCGAUUGACAACUGGAGAAAAGAAUUGUCUAUUAUAUUUUGUCCACUUAGAUACAUUUGAAGGAAUAUUAAUGUCAUCUAGGACAGUAGAAAACCCAGAGAAAAAUUCAGAAAUUAUUGCAAAAUUCAAUGAAUGUGCUCAUACAAUUCAUAAAUUAUUAAGCAAUACAGUAAGAUACAAAAAAAUGGUUAAAGAAGAUGAAGAUACUUCAGCAGUUAACAAAAAUCUUGUUACAAUAAAAGAACACGGAGUCUUAUUUGAAUAUGAGAACGUAACAUUUUGGGUGAUUGGCCGAUUAUUUGAAGCUCCAUAUGCAAAAGAAUUUUAUGUUUGCUAUGAAGAUUCUGCUCCUCAAAAUUUAAUAGAAAUGGCAUUUCGACUUCAGGGUACAUGGUUGUAAAAAUCAUUAUGUUAUUUUAAGAAAUAUUAGAGAUACAUUAGAAAAUAAGUAAGAAGUAACUAUUAAAUAAUGUAAAUAGCAUCAAGAAAGUACAAAUAAUUUUUUAAUAUUACUUGCAAUAUAAGAAAUAAACCCGUCGUUUAUAUUGAGUGAUA